AUGGGGAACACCAUCAGGGCCAUCGUGGCCUUCAUCCCUGCCGACCGCUGCCAGAACUAUGUGGUCGGAGACCUCCGGGAGAUGCCUCUGGACAAGAUGGUGGAUCUGAGCGGGAGCCAGCUGCGCCACUUCCCCGUGCAUGUGUGCUCCUUCAGGGAGCUGAUCAAGCUCUACCUGAGUGACAACCACCUCAACAGUCUGCCUCCAGAGCUGGGGCAGCUGCAGAACCUGCAAAUCCUGGCCUUGGAUUUCAACAACUUCAAGGCUCUGCCCCAGGUAGUGUGUACCCUGAAACAGCUCUGCAUCCUCUACCUGGGCAACAACAAACUCUGUGACCUCCCCAACGAGCUGAGCCUGCUCCAGAACCUCCGGACCCUGUGGAUCGAAGCCAACUGCCUCACCCAGCUGCCAGACGUAGUCUGUGAGCUGAGUCUCCUGAAGACUCUGCACGCUGGCUCCAACACCCUGCGUCGGCUACCAGGCCAGCUCCAGCGCCUCCAGGAGCUGAGGACCAUCUGGCUCUCAGACAAUCUGCUGACAGAUUUCCCCCCUGUACUACUUCACAUGCCCUUCCUGGAAGUGAUCGAUGUAGACCGGAACAGCAUCCGUUACUUCCCCAGCCUGGCCCACCUGUCAAGUCUGAAGCUGGUCAUCUAUGACCACAAUCCUUGCAGGAACGUACCCAAGGUGGCCAAAGGCGUGCGCCGUGUGGGGAAAUGGGCAGAGGAGACACCAGAGCCAGACCCCAGAAAAGCCAGGCGCUAUGCAUUGGUCAAGCAGGAAAGCCAGGAGCCACAGGCACCUGCCUCACCUCCACUUCCUCCUACCGACUCCUGA